AUGCAUUUUUUUUUUUAUUGUUUUUUCUGGAUUUUUGAAUUGAUCAAAACUAUUUCCAACAAUAUGUCAACGCCAAAUAACAACGAAGACAAACCAGACUCUUCCAAAGAUUUCGAUAUAAACGAUUUAGCUAAACUUGAAAAUAUUACUCAGAAGGUUCUUGAUCCCAACAAUGAAAAUCCUCAUAUGGGCGAAUACAUCAAGGGUACCUUUUCUUACAUUGCCAAUGCUAUGAUUAAAAUGCAAACCACUAAUGAUAGACAGGCCACUGCUAAAGAAAUUGCUGAUGAUUUGACUCAAAAGUUUGACAACUGGGUCAAGAAUAGAGAAGAAGCUAAAGACAACCAAACUGAAAACACUACGUCCAACAAAACAGAAGAAUCAAAAUAG